AUGCAUGAAGCGGGCAAGAUCCGUGCCUGCGUCCUCCUGGCUCUCGCCACCAGCGCUUUCGCUGGCUACACCGGCUACGGCUACGGCCUCGGCUACGGCUACGGACUCGGACUCGGCUACGGCCUCGGCUACGCCGGCUACGCUCCAGCUGUCUCCACCGUCCACCACGCCCCAGCUGUCGCCACCGUCGCCCACGCUCCAGCUGUCGCCACCGUUGCCCACGCUGCCCCAGCCGUCGCCACCACCACCUACCACGCUGCCCCAGUCGCCACCUACGCCGCUGCCCCAGUUGCCACCUACGCUGCUGCUCCAGCCGUCGCCAAGGUUGCCACCUACCACGCUGCUCCAGUCGCCACCUACGCUGCCGCCCCAGUGGCCACCUACGCCGCUGCCCCAGCCGUGACCAAGGUUGCCACCUACCACGCUGCUCCAGUCGCCACCUACGCUGCCGCCCCAGUGGCCACCUACGCCGCUGCCCCAGCCGUGACCAAGGUUGCCACCACCUACCACGCCCCAGCUGUCGCCACCGUUGCCCACGCCCCAGUGGCCACCUACGCCGCUGCCCCAGUCGCCACCUACGCUGCUGCCCCAGUCGCCACCUACGCUGCUGCCCCAGCCGUGACCAAGGUUGCCACCACCUACCACGCCCCAGCUGUCGCCACCUACGCCGCUGCCCCAGCCGUUGCCACUGUUGCCCACGCUCCAGUGGCCACCGCUGUCGCCGCUCCAGUCGCCACCUACGCCGCUGCCCCAGCUGUUGCCACCACCACCGUGCACCACGCUGCCCCAGCCGUCGCCACUGUUGCCCACGCUGCCCCAGCCGUCGCUGCCUACCACGCCGCCCCAGUCUACGGCUACGGUGUCGGCACCCUCGGCUACGGCGUUGGCCACUACGGCUUCGGUCACGGUCUCCUCGGCUACGGCCUGAACUACGGCUACGGUCUUGGCUCUCCCUACCACUACGGCGCUCUCCUCCGCAAGAGGAAGUCCUUCGGCGUUUACCACAUCAAUGAUCAUGCCCUUGACGUGGGCAGCUGCUACAUGAUCCGUGCCUGCGUCCUCCUGGCUCUCGCCACCAGCGCUUUCGCUGGCUACACCGGCUACGGCUACGGCCUCGGCUACGGCUACGGCCACGGACUCGGACUCGGCUACGGCCUCGGCUACGCCGGCUACGCUCCAGCUGUCUCCACCGUCCACCACGCCCCAGCUGUCGCCACCGUCGCCCACGCUCCAGCUGUCGCCACCGUUGCCCACGCUGCCCCAGCCGUCGCCACCACCACCUACCACGCUGCCCCAGUCGCCACCUACGCCGCUGCCCCAGUUGCCACCUACGCUGCUGCUCCAGCCGUCGCCAAGGUUGCCACCUACCACGCUGCUCCAGUCGCCACCUACGCUGCCGCCCCAGUGGCCACCUACGCCGCUGCCCCAGCCGUGACCAAGGUUGCCACCACCUACCACGCCCCAGCUGUCGCCACCGUUGCCCACGCCCCAGUGGCCACCUACGCCGCUGCCCCAGUCGCCACCUACGCUGCUGCCCCAGUCGCCACCUACGCUGCGGCCCCAGCCGUGACCAAGGUUGCCACCACCUACCACGCCCCAGCUGUCGCCACCUACGCCGCUGCCCCAGCCGUUGCCACCGUUGCGCACGCUCCAGUGGCCACCGCUGUCGCCGCUCCAGUCGCGACCUACGCCGCUGCCCCAGCUGUUGCCACCACCACCGUGCACCACGCUGCCCCAGCCGUCGCCACUGUUGCCCACGCUGCCCCAGCCGUCGCUGCCUACCACGCCGCCCCAGUCUACGGCUACGGUGUCGGCACCCUCGGCUACGGCGUUGGCCACUACGGUUUCGGUCACGGUCUCCUCGGCUACGGCCUGAACUACGGCUACGGUCUUGGCUCUCCCUACCACUACGGCGCUCUCCUCCGCAAGAGGAAGUAGACCAUCCAAGCGUAACUUAUUUCAAGAAAGACAAGCAGGCGAGUUAUCGCCAGCCACCUCUCUAUUGCGCCAGCUUCGAGCAUGGACGACUAAGGUGGACGAAUAAAACUGGUCUACACAACA